GAGGCCGGAGGGCGGGCGGCGGAGCGCGGCGCGUGGCGCGCGGCGGCUGGGCCCCAGGAGGGCGCCUCCUCCCAGCCAGGCACGGCCCCCCUCCCGGCGCAGGGGCAGGCCGGGGCGGGGGGCCCCGGAGCCGGCGCGGCCUUGGCCCCGUCGAGGAGGCCGGGGGGUCGCGAGGGCGGGGCGAUGCCGGGCGGCGGCGGCGGCCCCGGCCGGGGCCCGUGACCAUGGGCAUAGCCGAGUCCACGCCGGACGAGCUGCCAUCGGACGCGGAGGAGCAACUGCGCAAUGGCGAGCAGCAGUUGGAGCUGAGCGGGAGGCGCCUGCGGCGGCUGCCCAGCGCCGUGUGCGCGCUGAGCCGCCUGCAGAAGCUGUACGUGAGCGGCACGGGGCUGCGCGAGCUGCCCGAGGAGAUCGAGGAGCUGCGCGAGCUGCGCAUCCUGGCGCUCGACUUCAACAAACUCGAGCGCCUGCCCGACGGUCUGUGUCGCCUGCCGCGCCUCACGCGCCUCUACCUGGGCAGCAACCGGCUGCCGGCGCUGCCCGCCGACUUCGCGCAGCUGCAGAGCCUGCGCUGCCUCUGGAUCGAGGGCAACUUCCUGCGGCGUUUCCCGCGGCCGCUGCUGCGCUUGGUGGCGCUGCAGUCGCUGCAGAUGGGCGACAACCGGUUGCGUGCGCUGCCCGCGGAGCUGCCGCGCAUGACGGGCCUGCGCGGCCUCUGGCUCUACGGCAACCGUUUCGAGGAGUUCCCGCCCGCAUUGCUGCGCAUGGGCCGCCUGCACAUCCUCGACCUAGACCGCAACCGCCUGGGCGGCUUCCCCGACCUGCACCCGCUGCGCGCUCUGCGCGUCUUCUCCUACGACCACAACCCGGUCACUGGGCCCCCCCGCGUCGCCGACACGGUCUUCCUUGUGGGCGAGGGCGCCGUCGAGCGCAUGGCCGAGCGCGACGAACCCACGCCCCGGCCGCCGCCGCGGCGCCCAGCGCGGGCCUUUGACGAUGAGGAGGAAGACCUGCUCAUAGGGGGCGGGAGCUCCCGGGCUCUGGGGCCCCCCGUGGACAGCCUCUGCGCCCUGGAAGCAGCUCCAGGACUGGGCACCUGAGCCUGUGCCCUGGGUGUUGGGCCUCGGCCACUCUGGGAGGAGGGCCUCUGGGAAGGUUUGUGGGAACGGUGGGUCCCUACUUGGGGCAGAGAAGGGGGUCUCUUUGGGCAAGCUGCCGGGGACAGGCAGGCCUGGGGGCCAUCUUCAGACAUUCCAGGGUAAUGAAAAGACUGCCUACUGGCUGGUCUCUGGGCGGUCUUCAGGCCAAGAAGUCCUGGUUCCGUCCAGUUCUUACAGCUCCGUCUGGUCCCUGAUAGAGUCACUGACAACACAGUAGUAAAGGCACCAGCUUCUUCCUGGAACCAGGGUCACCACUGACCAUGGAAUCAUCCCCUUGGCUGAGUCUGGAAGCUCAGGGCACCCACCAACCUCCCUCCUCCUGGAGUCUGGAUCUUCUAGAUCCACCCUUUCUGGUGUAGGAGCCGCUACCUCUGGAGUGGACCACAUGCCUGCUUGAGGCAGAACUGCCCCCAGAAGGCCUGGCCCAGGGGGCAGGGGCUUGGAGUUGGGGCUGGUGCCCAGGACAGACAGGUGUGGGAAACCGGGAUUGGGGCUCUAACACCAUAGCUGCCCUUGUUCCUCCACCAGGGCUCAUGGUACAUACCUCCUUCCCCAGGUCCCCUAAGUUUUGUGUGGGGAAGGGGGGACUCAGAAGGCACGGUCUCUGCCCUUGCCUUUUAUUCUGUUCUCUUCUUCCAGCUUGUGCCUGGAAUCUUGCUGGAAAGAGAACAUUCCCUCCCUUCCCCACAGCCUGAGCCUUCCAGCUGUCAAGUUUGAAAAGAAGCCACUGUGCCUCUAGGGCCUCCUGCACUGGAGAGAGAGGCUCUCUACUCUGGGCGGCUGCUCCAGUGUAGCCACUCCUGUACUCUCCAUUCCCUUAAAUGGGCACCAUCGGGGUGGCUGGCAUGGCGUGGGGCAUGGGACGAGCACUGUGUGCCUCCACUCCGUCACCAGGACAGCCUCCGGGGGUGAGGAGUGAGGCCUCGCUCUGCAAUUCCCAGGGCCAGAUCUUUCCCAUCCAAGCAAUAAUGGGAGGAGGGCCCAGGGCCAGGGCCACUCAGGGACACUGUCGGGGGCAGGGCCCCCCCAUGGUAGCGUUUUCUUUAGGAAGAAAAAAAAAAACUGGCUGUAAACAUAAAUUAUAUUUCUCGGAGAAAGAAUGUUCGUUUCCCACAUGCCUGUUUAUUUAUAAGCCCUGGGAGCACUGGGUCCCGUUGCUGUGGGGACCGUGGACUCCC